AUUUAGAAUUGCUCCAACCCAUCAGGCACUUCUCCUGUGUGGAUCUUGUGAGCUGUUUGUCCCAGCCCAAGCAAUGGUAGCACCAGUGCUCCUCUUAGCCCUGACUCUACUCCCAGUCGCAGCUGCAGCAAGCCUGGAACUUCACUGUAUGGUGGUGUUCCCUGCUGUCAUUCACUAUGCCCAAGAGGAGAAGCUCUGCAUUCACUUCAGCUCCCUGACCGAGGCUGUCCAACUAGCUGUCACCUUGCAGGUGACAACCCAGAACCACACACUGGCGGAACGGGAUGUGGAGAAGCCAGGCGCUUCCCAGUGCAUCACCUUCCAGGUGCCAGAAUUCAUUCCCAGGAAAAGAGAUGGCUCCACAUCACACAUAAGACAUCCAGAGAAGGUGGUUUUUCUCCAUGUCCUGAUCCACAGUGGAGAAAAUGUGCUCUUUGAGGCAAAGAAGGUUCUGGUCAAGCCCUAGAAAAAUGUGAUUCUAGUAGAGACAGAUAAGGACUUAUACAAACCUGGAGAAAUAGUGAGAUUUCGAAUUGUGAACUCCAACAAGGACCUUAAGGUCAUUAAAAAUGAGUAUUCCCAGAUAUUGCUGCAGGGUCCUGAAUGUAACUGUAUCGCUGAGUGGCUGAAUGUUAAAUCAAGACAUGGCAUUGUGGAUCUAUCCUUCCCCCUGGCCUCUGAAAUACCCCUUGGGAACUAUACCAUCUCAGUGCAACCAGACAUGGCUCAAAAAAACUUCAGUGUUGAAGAAUACAUGCUGAAAAAAUUUGAAACAAAGAUUGAGCACCCUCCCUUUAUCACUACAGCGAAUGAGGAAUUUCAGCUGAAGGUCUGUGGCAAGUAUACCAAUGGGAAGCCUGUUCAAGGGAAAACAGAAAUUAAUUUUAUCACAUCAUCCCAGUUCCUGGAAGAAGGUUUAUCAAGUUCUACUGAGAAGAUGAAGCGAAAUAGCAGGACAAACAAGAAUGGCUGCACUACUUUUACAGUGAAGACAGAGACUCUGGAAUUAAAUAAAACUGACAGCUACAUAACUACAGUAGGAAAAAUAGUGGAAGAUGGAAUAGGAGCAGAGACUAUGGAAAUGACAAGAAUUCCUAUUGCGACAAGAAUGAAGUCUAUAGAGUUUAUCAAUCUCCAUUUAUUCUACGAACGUGGACUACUAUCUGGAGGGAAGAUGUUCUGCCACAGUGAUGAGUCUCCCCUCAGAAAUGAAACAGUCUACCUAAUAGUUGAUGUCAAUGAUGAGGAGACACACCUGAUAUUCCUCACAGAUGAGAGUCGGGAAGCCCACUUCUCAUUGGAUACCACCAGCUGGAACAGCACGAUGGUUUCUCUGAGGGGUACCUACAGCCUUGGAAAUGAUGAUGAGCAAGAUUCUUCUGAAAGCUAUACAGAAGUCAAAGAUAGCUUCCACUGGUUGAUACCUUUCUACUCUGAAAGCAACAGUUUCCUUGAGAUCAAGGCCAGGAAUGAUAUGAUGGCCUGUGAUCAAGAGCAGGAAGUGCAAGUGGAUUAUAUCCUUGACCCGAAAAAACUUGGCUCUGAAGUAGACCACAUUGAUUUCUACUACUUGGUGAUAGCUAAAGGCAAGAUCCUUUUCAGUGGAAAGAAGCAGGUGCCAAUCAACCAGCAUGAGAAUCUGCAGGGCUCCUUCUCAUUGACUCUGACUGUUGGCGAUGACUUCCUGCCUGACAUCCAGGUUCUACUGUAUGCAGUUUUCUUGGAUGGAGAGGUGGUAGCUGAUGUGGAAGAUUUUCAAGUAGAAAAGUGCUUUAGGCACAAGGUGUCACUGGAAUUCUCACACAAGGAGGAAGUCCCAGGAUCAAAAGUCAAUCUGGACCUGAAGGCUGCUCCAGGGUCCUUGUGCUCUGUCCAAGCUGUUGACAAGAGUGUCCUCCUGAAGAACAAAACCAGCAAAAACAGCAGUGAGGCUAAACCUUUGAAAUGGAGUUUUGCCCCACUGUACGAGAAGGUCUUUGAUGACAGCCUUGCAACUGGAGGACGAGGGUUCCCUUAUCACUUGGAAGGCUUUGAGGCAUACCCUUGUCUGCCCCAGAAGUCCAGUCUCCACAAAAAGGCUUGGAUGGGAGCACAGCGGUACCAAAGUGAUGCUGACGUCUUUAAUCUAUUUAAGAAAUUGCUCAUGAGAAUAUUAACCAAUACUAGAAUCAAGAAACCAGUUUCUUGUAUGCAACCAGGCUUUGUGAAAAAGAUGUAUUCUCGAAAAGACAAUGUUGCUGUAGAAAGUCAUGUUGUCCAUGGUGAUUUUGCACCUCAUUCUCAGGACAAGAAGCCAAAACCACAGACACUUUUCCCAGAGACCUGGAUUUGGAACUUGGUCUCUGUUGGGGACGAUGGGCAAGUGUCUCUCCAAGUUGCUGUCACCAUCACAGAAUGGAAUGCCAACACCUUCUGUGUUGCUGAUACUGGCUUUGGAUUGGCACCUCUGACUUUCAGCCUAAAAGCCACUGUCUUCAACUACCUCAAGGACUGUAUUCAGGUGCACACCACACUCACAGAGACCCCAGAACUGAAAGUGGAUGCCUGUCCAGGCUGCCAGUUCGCCAGCUGCCUCUGUGCCAACAAAGUGAAAACCUUUGUGUGGAAUGUGACAGCCACCAGGCUGGGCAAAGUGAAUGUCACCCUGAGCAGCGUGGCAGAAGAUUCACACGAUCUGUGUGAUAACAGGGUGACUGUGACACCUUUGCAAGGAGAGAGAGACACAGUGAUAAAACCUCUGCUUGGGAAGCCAGGAGGUGUCCUACAAGAGAAGACCCAAAACGUCUUUCUUUGUGCUGCAGAUAGCACUGUCUCAGAAGAGUUCUCCCUGACUCUGCAUGCAGAAGUGCUGGAGGGAUCUGGACGAGCCACUUUCUCUGUGAUUGGGGGCAUCAUGGGCCCAGCACUUCAAAAUUUAGACUAGCUACUAAUGAUGCCCUUUGGCUGUGGUGAACAGAACAUGAUUCAGUUUGCACCAAACAUCUUCAUACUCCAGUACUUGAAUAAGACUAAACAACUGGUCCCAGAAAUUGAAGAUAAAGCACUGAAAUUCCUGAAAACAGGUUACCAGCGUCAGCUGCUCUACAAACAUGACAAUGGCUCAUACAGCGCCUUUGGGAAAGGUGACAGCCAGGGUAACACAUGGCUGACAGCUUUUGUAGCCAGAUCCUUUGGACAAGCCAGCUCUCACAUCUACAUCAAUAAGGAUCAUGUGCACAGUGCCCUGCUCUGGCUGCAGAAGCACCAGCUGCCCAGUGGCUGCUUCCAGAGCGUGGGGAAGCUUUUCAACAAUGACUUGAAGGGUGGUGUGGAUGAUACAAUCUCAUUAACAGCCUAUAUUGCUGCUGCGCUGGUGGAGUUCCAUCUGGAGAAGAAUGUCACCAUGCUGGAUAAUGCCUUACGUUGCCUCAAAAAUGUAACACUUGAUAAGACAAGCCUUUAUGUCAAGGCUUUGAUGGCUUAUGUCUUCACACUGCGUAAGGAUAUGCAGAUGAGAGAGCAGCUCCUGCAUAUGGUAGAGAAGGAAACUGGCAAACAACCACUGGUUACCAAUUCCUUAAAAAUCGGAGGCACAGGUAGCCCUUUAGCUCAUACAGGGAAACUCCAGGGCACUUCACAGAGAUAUUUUCUUCCCCACCAGACCACUUUGUACUAUAACAUCCCACCAUCAGAAACAGAAGAAGUCUUUGUUCUGGAAGUGGAAACAGUACCAAGAGAAUAUGAUGGUGUCAGGGACCAGCUUGACAUCCAUGUGUCUGUCAGUUAUGUAGGGGACCAUGAAACCAGUAACAUGGCCCUGGUGGAGGUGGAGGUGCUGUCAGGGUUCAUUCCUGUGAAGAGCUCUGUGAAAGCACUGGAGAAGAUACCUCUGGCAAAAAAGACAGAGGUAAAAACAGACAAAAUCACAAUCUACUUGGAAGAGCUGGGUAAGACUUCUCUGAAGCUUAACAUCUCAGUGGAACAAGAUGUUGAAGUGCAGAACCUGAAAGCGGCAACAGUGCAUGUCUACAACUACUAUAAGCCAGAUGACCGCACAGCAAGAGAAUAUGUUUUCCCUUGCAGUUCAGAUAUCUCAGAGAAGGUUCCUACUAGAAUGCCCUGGCUCUGCAACCAAUAAUCUGAGUUUUCUGCUUCCAUAAGGAAAACUGCAUUGCUCUGGCUCUCUACUGUGUUGGAUGCACCCUAUUUCCUUUGAUCCUAAGUUUCCAUGUGAAACCUGGCUUAAUACACAGUAGUUUGGGUUCAAGUGAAAUAAAGUAUGUGGGACAUGGAGAUAAGGCAGUGACUUGAUGGUUGAUGAAGAUUUUAAUGUCUGAAAAAGAGAGAAACAUUACUUAGGUCACAGUUAGUUACAUAUUUUGCUUUUGGUAAUCAUAGUGGCUUUAGUCUUCCUCUCCUCCCUGAGUCCCAUCUCUGGGCUACCUUCUCAAUAGAGUUAAAAGAACAGUUUGUCUACAAUCAAACUCGAAGCAAAAAAAGACAUUUCUAGCCCUCCUCUGGUUCACUACAUCCUCUUUAUGUCACAACUGAAGAGUAGGAACAGGCAGAAAAGAACUGUAUAACAAUGCCUUAUGAAGGGAGGCCAUGAGACUGAAAUAACAACCCUUCCACAUUCA